AUGGCCACCUACAAGAAGCGACGCCCUUCGCUUUACCUCCUCAAGUCCAAUUCUAGCGCUCACUUCAUGAUGGCCCAAGGUUUCGAACUCCAGGCUCAAAGCGAAGGGUCCCGCUCUUUCGAAGAUCUGAACCGAGAUGAGGAAAACCAGCCAACCUCGAAGCUUCCGAGCUUCAAAUACAUUCACAGAAGGCUGUUACUAUUUUCUGUGGCUAUCUUUAUGUCCUGGAUACUGGUGGGACUCUCGGUGUGGCGAUUUCAAAACUCACAGUUUCUUCUUGCGAACCAGGACCGAAAUACGCAAUACCAGAAACCUAGGGACAGAUCCUUCAACAUGGCCACCAUCCUGAAUGGCGAAUUUUCAUACCACGAUGCUCCCUUUGCGUUUAUAAAAUCGGGUGCUCUAUUCCAGGCUCCUGAGAACGACGCUGGGCUUUACUUAAGCAUAGACGAUAGCAAUGGGAUUCCCAAGUACGUGGCUAAGAAGCUCGCCGAUAGAAGAUUUUACCAAGAUUUGAGUGGCAAAAGUUUUGAAUACCGCAAGCAAACUUAUGAAAUCGCGAGGUUCACGGUAUCCCACCGUUUGGACUAUGCAGUAAUGGCAUCAAACCUGGAAAAACAAUAUCGUCAUUCAUCACAAGCUCAAUACUGGCUGAAAGACAUUGCAAAAAAUAUAAUUACACCAAUCACACCAUUUCCUGAUGAUCCAGAGCAUCCAAAGCUUUCAUACGCAAGGCUGUCUCCUUCUGGAAAUUUUGUCUAUUUUGUCUACAACAGUGACCUGUACAUUCAAAAUGUUGUCAACAAAGCAGUGAGGCAGCUCAGUUUUGACGGAUCAGAGCAAGUGCUGAACGGUAAGCCAGACUGGGUCUACGAAGAAGAAGUGCUCGCUACGGACUGUGCUGUUUGGUGGGCUCAUGACGAUUCGAAGUUGGUGUGGGCUCGCUUUGACGACUCCAAGGUUUUCAAAGAGCCAGUGCCAACUUACACCAACGACAAUCCUUAUGAUGACGUUCAAUACGUUGACUAUCCUAAACCGGGAACACCUAAUCCGGAAGUGUCGCUUUUCACCUACGAUGUGAACACAGGAGCUUUGCAUGCGAUUACGCAGCCUGACGAAGAAACCAGAAUUCUAUAUCAUGCCCAAUGGUUAGAUGCUAGUAAAUUCAUGUUCAAGAAUUCGGACCGCGCUUCUAAAUCGCUGUCCGUAAAAAUACACGACCUAGACUCCAACAUGGUUACCACAGUGAGGGAGAUCGACGCCUCGAGCUUUUCAGGAUGGAUUGAAAAAGUUCAAAACGUCCAAGUUAUUCCCAGUAAGCCCUCUGCAGACAGGCCUGAAAUAGGUUACGUUGACGUCGGGGUCGAUGAAAAGGGAUUUCCCCAUCUUUUCUACUUCUCAAGUGUCUUUUCUGACGCGGGUCGUCAGCUUACAUCAGGAGACUGGGAAGUGACUGGUGCUGGAAUUGUUGGUUAUGAUUACGACACCGACGCAGUGUAUUUUCAGGCCAACUUACAGAAUAGAUUCUCUCAACACCUCUACUCUGUCCACAUUAGCGAGAGCUCCGACAAGGAAAUCCAAACCCUCCAGGAUCCUAAUGAAAAAAACGCCAUCUAUGAAUUUGACCUAAGCUUGAGCUGCAGAUUUGGCGUCAAGCGUUACCGUGGGCCGGAUUUGCCCAUGUCCGAUGCUGGAGAUCUAGGAUCUCUUUUGCAAAAUGACGAGUCAAGAGCAGUGACUCAAUUGACCAGCAAUUCUGGUUUAAUUGCAGCCGUGGACAAAUUUGACAUGCCUCUCAAGAAUCAAAAAGCUUUGACAUUGGACGACGGCGUCGAGAUCGAUUACAUGGAAGUGCUGCCAAUAGAUGUGAAGUCCACAAAAAAACACCCUCUAUUAGUUCACGUUUAUGGCGGUCCCGGCUCGCAUACAGCCGACUCCUCUUUUGCAGUUUCUCUGGGGGAAAGUCUAGCUUCGAGUGAAGGGGCUGUUGUAUUGAAAAUUGAACCCAGAGGCACCGGCGGUCGUGGUUGGAGCUACAGAAGCUGGUCAAAGGGCAAACUAGGUUUUUGGGAACCAAGAGAUGUCCUCAACACAGUGAAAAAAUACAUGGCUAUGAACGCCGACUUAAUAGACCCAGAGCGCGUCGCAAUCUGGGGAUGGUCGUAUGGUGGCUAUGUGACUUUGAAGACCUUGGAAUUGGACGGUGGACAGACUUUCAAGUACGGUGUCGCAGUGGCACCAGUCACGAACUGGAAGUAUUACAAUUCGAUAUACACGGAACGAUACAUGGGGGAUUAUGAGGAGAACAAAGAGAAUUACGAUCAAUAUGCACUAAUAAAAGACGUCAAGAGCAUUUCCAAAGUUCAACGACUCCUUCUAAUGCACGGAAGCGCGGACGAUAACGUGCACCUAAAAAACACUAUGAACUUGUUGGAUCAAAUGAAUCUCAAUAAUGUCCAAAACUACGAUGUGACCGUAUUCCCAGACUCUGAACACUCAAUAAUGUAUCACAAUGCUGGAAAUGUGAUCUACGAGAAGAUGUUUCUAUGGUUGAAAAAUGCAUUUGAGGGAAAACUAGAUACUCUCGAUGGAUCAUCAAAGUAA